AUAAAAAUAUUGCUUGAGCAUGCAAAAAUGCUGCUUUGGAUUCUGUUGCUGGAGACGUCUCUUUGUUUUGCUGCUGGAAACGUUACAGGGGACGUUUGCAAAGAGAAGAUCUGUUCCUGCAACGAGCUAGAAGGGGAUUUGCACGUAGACUGUGAGAAAAAAGGGUUUACCAGCCUGCAACAUUUCAGCGCCCCAACUUCCCAGUUUUACCAUUUAUUCCUGCAUGGAAAUUCCCUGACUCGACUUUUCCCUAAUGAGUUUGCUAACUUUUACAAUGCAGUCAGUUUGCACAUGGAAAACAACGGUUUGCAUGAAAUUGUUCCUGGGGCUUUUCUAGGGCUGCAGCUGGUAAAACGUUUGCAUAUAAACAACAAUAAGAUAAAAUCGUUCAGGAAACAGACUUUCCUGGGGCUGGACGAUCUGGAAUAUCUCCAGGCAGAUUUUAAUUUAUUAAGGGAUAUUGACCCGGGAGCAUUUAGGGAUUUAAACAAGCUGGAGGUGCUGAUUUUAAAUGACAACCUCAUCAGCACCUUACCUGCCAACGUGUUUCAGUAUGUGCCGAUCACCCACCUCGACCUCCGGGGAAACCGACUUAAAACCUUGCCUUAUGAGGAGGUCCUGGAGCAGAUCCCAGGCAUUGCUGAAAUUCUGCUGGAAGAUAACCCCUGGGACUGCACUUGUGAUCUGCUAUCCCUGAAGGAGUGGCUGGAAAAUAUACCCAAAAAUGCUUUGAUCGGCAGAGUCAUUUGUGAAGCUCCUACUAGGUUGCAGGGCAAAGAUUUGAAUGAGACCACAGAGCAAGAGCUGUGCAGGAAAAACAGAGUGGAUUCUAGUCUAGCUGCUCCCCCUGCCGAAGAGGAAACCUGUGAUCCUGGUCCCAUUCCAACCCCCUUUAAAAUACAUGGCAUAGAAGAUCCUGCCACUCCCGGAUCUGCUCCAAACGGAGGUACAAAGAUCCCAGUCAACUGGCAAAUCAAGACCCGACCCACUGCUGCGGGCUCGACAAUUAGCGUGAAAAACAAGCUACCGACUAGCAUGCCCUGUCCGGAGAUCUGUAGCUGCGAUCAGAUCCCUGGCUCGGGUUUAAAGGUUAAUUGCAACGAAAGAAAUGUGAGCAGUUUGGUAGCUUUGAAACCCAAGCCGUCCAAUGUUCAGGAGCUGUUUCUGAGAGAUAACAAAAUACAUACAAUCAGGAAAUCCCACUUUCUGGAUUACCGGAAACUUAACCUAUUGGAUCUGGGGAACAACAACAUCGCUACUGUGGAGAACAACACCUUCAAGAAUCUCUUCGAGCUCAGGUGGCUCUACAUGGAUAGCAACUACUUGGACACUUUGUCCCGCGAGAAAUUCACCGGGCUGCAGAACCUAGAGUAUCUGAAUAUGGAGUUUAAUGAGAUCCAGUUGAUUCAGCCCGGCACCUUCAAUGCAAUGCCCAAGCUCCGAGUCCUAAUCCUCAACAACAACCUGCUGAGGUCCCUCCCCGUGGAUGUGUUCGCUGGGGUCUCGCUUUCCAAGCUGAGUAUACACAAUAACUAUUUCAUGUAUCUCCCGGUGGCGGGGGUAUUGGACCAGCUCACGUCCAUCACCCAGAUCGAUCUGCAUGGCAACCCGUGGGACUGUUCGUGCCCGAUUGUGCCUUUCAAACAGUGGGCAGAGAUGCUGCGCCCCAAGGUGGUCAUGAGCGAUCUGAGGUGUGAAUCACCAGAGGAUUUCUUUAAGGAGGAUUUCGAGUCCCUUGCCAACGACGUGAUUUGCCCGCAGCUCAAAAUAUCGCCCACCUUCACUUCCAAUAACAAAAACAGCACCGGGUUGGCAGAGACAGGGACUCACGCCAACUCCUACCUAGAGACCAGCCGGGUCUCCAUUUCGGUGCUGGUCCCAGGACUCCUGCUGGUUUUUGUCACCUCCGCCUUCACAGUAGUUGGCAUGCUAGUGUUUAUCCUGAGGAACAGAAAGCGCUCUAAGCGGAGGGACGCCAACUCAUCUGCAUCUGAAAUCAAUUCCUUACAGACAGUCUGCGAUUCUUCUUACUGGCACAACGGACCCUACAAUGCAGAUGGAGCCCAUAGAGUUUAUGACUGUGGCUCUCAUUCUCUAUCAGACUAA